AUGGCCAGCACCAAGACAACUCUUUUGCUUGCUGUUCUUUGUCUUCUCCUAAUAUCUGAGGUACAUAUGCAAUUAAUUUUAAGGUUUAUAGGAGCAAUCGUUGUUAUCAAAUUUUGUGGGGUGCUCAUGGUUGAAGCUGAAAGUAAAGAUUGCGAGACCAAGUGUGCAUUCAGGUGCAGCAAGUCAUGGAAGCCCAAGAUGUGCCAUAAAACAUGCAACACUUGCUGCCAAAGGUGCGAUGAUGGGUGCGUGCCUCCAGGACCUACUGCUAACAGGGAUGUGUGCCCUUGCUAUGCACAAAUGAAGACCCAUGGGAACAGAUACAAGAGGCCUUAA